GAGCCUCCGCUCUCCUCUUGAGACGGUUGACGCCCAGACUUGUACGUAAGGAAGGAAGGAGUAGCCUCUCUCCAAGAUGGCGGCGACCAUAGACAACAGCAAUGCCGUACAGGCGACAAAGAAAAAGCAUCUCGGGAUCCCCGAAGCCGUGUUUGUGGAGGAUGUCGACUCUUUUAUGAAGCAGCCAGGCAACGAGACAGCAGAUUCAGCACUGAGGAAGCUGGAUGAACAGUACCAGAAAUAUAAAUACAUGGAGCUCAACCUUUCUCAAAAGAAACUCCGGUUGAAAAGCCAGAUCCCGCAAAUCACACAGACGCUAGAAAUCCUACGACACAUGCAGAAGAAAAAGGAGACCACAGAGCCCAUGGAAACACACUUCCUAUUGGCUGACAAUGUUUACUGCAAGGCCUCAGUGCCGCCCACCAACAAAGUCUGCCUAUGGUUAGGGGCUAACGUCAUGUUAGAGUAUGACAUUGAUGAAGCCCAGGCUCUCCUGGAGAAGAACCUAUCCACAGCAUCUCGUAACCUAGAGACACUCGAGGACGAUCUGGAUUUCCUGCGAGACCAGUUCACCACCACCGAAGUCAACAUGGCACGAGUCUACAACUGGGACGUGAAGAGAAGGAGCAAAGAAAACCUCCUCAAGUCAGCAGACAAGUCUUAAUAUCGACAGGACAGCGUCCACGCCCCUUUCUGCUAACUAUCUUCUCCUUAGUCAAUAAAAAAACAAACCCUCGACCCCCCCUAAGUCAUGUGUAUGUUCACCCCAGAGCUUGGCAGAUAAGAGGGCAUGUUUGAAAUACUUCUGGAAGUUGCAGUGUGCUUAAUGAAUGUGCACACUUCAUAAUUCAGUCUGUUUUAUUUUGGAUAUGCCCUCUAUCAAGUCAAGUUCAAACUUCCACCACUACUGUUUUCUGUUGAUUUGUUACUUUUUAAAGUAUUUUUUCAAGUAAAAACUAAGUAAAAAAACAAAGGCAACGAGGCAAUUUUUGUAUUCUUUUUAAUGAUUUAAGUAUGUUCCUGUUAUCUUUGGCAGAUUGUGAGUGAGGGUCCUCUCGCAUCGUCUCUUCUUCCCUGCAUUUUCCCUCCUUACUGACCUGCACUUCUGUUUGUUUUUCCUCAACCUGCAACAACGUCAUAUGUGAGACUUUUUCCUGAGUUGUUAGUUCUUGAAGCGCAGCAGUUGCCAUUAUACUCGGUAGAAUCAGGCUUGUAGGAUAACAAAGAUCGCAACAGAAGAAGAAGAAGAAUACAGAAUAAAACAAGUUCUGCCUUGUGGCUCCAGUUUUCACUCACUACAUGACUUUUAGGCGUUCAGAAGGAUCGACUGUAGUCCUGCUUCCAAACCGGCUGCUCCUCCUCCGUCCCUUGACUUUCCACACUGGAACCAUCUCUUCCUCUCCUCUCCGGUUUUCCUUGUCCUCUUUCCUCCUCUUCCUCCCCUUUUAGUCGCUGUUCUGUCUGUAUUUAUUUGUCUCUCACUGUAUUCAUUAAACAAUGAAUGAAGUAAAAGAAAAACAUUUGGGCAAAGAGACGAGACCUUGA